ACCUUUUUUGGUUACAAUGUUAUUCAUCAUUAUGAAAAGUGGUCAUGGAUUCCAAACUUGGCUGUUUUCCUUGUCAUUAUUGCCAGAUUCUCCAUGUCCGGUAACUUUACCAGUGAAGCAUUUGUUGGUGGUCCAACUACUGCCGGUAACGUCUUGAGUUUUGGUGGUACCAUUUUCGGUUUCGCUACCGGUUGGACUACCUAUGCUUCUGACUAUACCGUUUAUCAACCACGUAAUGCUAACUUGUACAAGAUUUUCUUUUCUAUUUUCUUUGGUUUAUGGUGUCCACUUUUGUUCACUUUGAUUCUUGGUGCUGGUUGUGCUACUGGUACUUUAACCAACCAAAGAUGGGCUGACUUGUACAAUGAAUACUCAGUUGGUGGUUUAGUUUACGCUAUUAUUGUUGAAGAUUCCUUACAUGGUUUCGGUCAAUUCUGUUGUGUCCUUCUUGCUUUGAGUACUGUUGCCAACAAUGUUCCAAACAUGUACUCCCUUGCCCUUUCCGUCCAAGCUUUCUGGAGUCCUUUAGCUAAGGUUCCAAGAGUUUGCUGGACUAUUUUAGGUAAUUGUGUUACUUUGGCUAUUUGUAUUCCUGCUUAUUAUUUGUUUGAAUCUGUUAUGGAAAAUUUCAUGAACUUGAUUGCUUAUUACCUUGCCAUUUAUGAAUCCUUAAUGUUGGCUGAACAUUUUGUUUGGAAUAAAGGUAAGUUUUCUGCUUACGAUUAUGAAAACUUCCAUGAUAAGAAGAGUUAUCCAAUUGGUAUAGCUGGUACUUUUGGAUUUUGUUGUGGUGUUGCCGGGGUUGUUUUAGGUAUGAAUCAAACUUGGUAUUCUGGUGUUAUUGCUAGACAAAUUGGUGAAUUCGGUGGUGAUAUUGCAUUUGAAUUAGGUUUCGCUUUUAGUUUUAUCGGAUUCAAUGCUGUAAGAUACUUUGAAAAGAAGUACUUCCGUUAG